CGAUAUAUUAUACACCUGCUUGAACAUCUUCCAAAUGACGGGCGGCAAAGGCGGCGGUGGAGGUGGAAAGGGUGGCGGUGGUGGGGGUGCUAAAGGCAGUGGAGGAGGUGGUGGUGCCAGCAAAGGUAGUGGAGGGAGUGGAGCAACCGGUGCUGGUGGUAAGGGAAGUGGUGGUGGUAAAGGAAGUGGUGGCGGUGGUGAUGGGAUGAUGAAAGCUCCAGGUGGGGAUGGAGCUUUUAUUUCAAGGAGUGGGUUUGAAAGCAACCCCCAGGGAUACUUUUCUGGUUUGCAUGAUAGCGGAAAGGGCAAGUAG